AUGGAUCGUUUCAAGACAACUUCCAGCAUCCGUCAGUUGCUGAGAAUACACUUUCCUCACAAACGAAACGCAUUAACAAACUCAGCGUUUGAGAAUUUCUCUAGCGAAUUGAUCCAACAGGUUGCUGACAACUUGGAUGUCGCAUCGGCCGCACUAUUCUCGAUUUCGUGCAAAACAAUCUAUGUCAUCAUCGGAUCUCAAUACAUAUCCAAUCUAACACGCCACGAGAACUUGUUAUUUCGAAGAAUAUUGGCAUAUGAUAUUAAGAAUAUGACCUUGAAUGGUUGCUGCAAUAUUUACUGUUCUCUACAAUGUUCGAGCCCCGCAAAAGGUGUCGGUAGGGUUCUUCAGAAGCUUUCAAAAUGUUCUGUUAACCACAGAAAAAGAUUGAGUAGAUCAUAUCACAUGAAUGAGAUGGCUGCAGCAUAUCUAGCCCGGGAUCUACAUUACCAUAUCUGCUUCUUUGCGCCCUACAACCGAGUUGGUUUUCCCUGGACUGUCGAAAGAGAAGUGUUUUGGAAUAUUAUCCGCGAAGAUAGCGAAUCUUGUGGUUUCCAGAAGGAUCGAGUUACAUUCGUUAACCAACGCGGUUCCACAUUAGUCCGCCAACAUAGGGCUUUCCAAGGAAAAUGUGGCGAAGUAAUACGGCUACGCGUCGAUAUAUGUGCCCAUCUUCAAUGCUAUUCGAAUUCAAUGCAUAUCCGUCCCCGAAUUUGCCCAACGAGACGGGAUCUAGUUAUUGACAUAUCUGACAACAUUCCCAAGAGCUCAUGGGGACUAUACUGGAAGAAAGUUGAAGAAGAGACAAGUGAGAUUGAACAUUGUGUCGAGUGCCGAACUGAAUUUUCAAUUCGUUUCGCUCACGUACGAGACUGCAUUCCAAAUCUACAUUGUCGCAUGGAACUCACAAUCACCACCUGGAAAGAACUUGGGCGAAAGCUUGAUGACAAGAUAUGGAGAGAACACUUCCCUGAGCCUCAAAAAGGCGUUCCAAUACCUGUCCCGCGAGUCCAAUCGCCCAGAAAAAGAAUCGCUGAUGCCUUCACUCCUUUGGCCGUUCUUAACCUACUACCAUUUGUAUAA